AUGUUGGAUGGAAUGGGUUGUGAGGGAAGUGGCAACAGGAACACAAACCUGACCAAUGAGAGACAGCAGCUUAUCCUCAAGAACACAAACCUGACCAAUGAGAGAGAGCAGCUAAUACUCAAGAACAAAAACCUGACCGAUAACAGAGAGCAGCUAAGAAGUGAACUUCUGAUUUGUGUUGGAUGGAUUUUCUAUCAGUCCAGUUUUUACUACAUGUCCAAUGAGACAAAGAACUGGACUGAGAGCAGACGAGACUGUCAGAAGAGAGGAGCAGAUCUGAUCAUCAUAAACAACAGAGAGGAAUAUUAUUUUGUUCAGAACAAGUCUGGUCCUGCUGCUGUUUAUAUUGGUCUGACUGACACUGAAGUGGAAGGCAACUGGAAAUGGGUUGAUGGCAGCAAUCUGACCUCUGGUUUCAGCUCCUGGGCACCUGGACAGCCAAAUGAAUACAACACAGUAGACGAGGACUGUGCUAUGACGGUAGCUGUGCCUCUGCCAGAGUUUGCUAAUAUAGAAGGGUGGCAUGAUGUUGCAUGUAAUAAAGCUUUUAAAUGGAUCUGUGAGAAGAGGACUUCACAGUUCAUACUUCCAUAAGAACACACACACCUCUUGACACAAGUUCAACAAUACAAAACUUUUGUAAUUGAUUCUCAUCUAAAGCAGAUUUUCUCAAUCUUGUUCCAGGAGGACCUAUAACAUUGAACAUUUAAUCUUUUUUUUCCCCUUUGUCAGACACACAUUUCAUG